UUGUUGCUAUAAUUCUUAAUUCAUGCGUUGUAGGGGGAGAUUUAUGUCACCACAAACAGAAACGAAAGCAAAGGUUGGGUUCAAAGCUGGUGUUAAAGAUUAUAAAUUGACUUAUUAUACUCCUGACUAUCAAACCAAAGAUACUGAUAUCUUGGCAGCAUUCCGAGUAACUCCUCAACCUGGAGUUCCGCCUGAAGAAGCAGGUGCAGCGGUAGCUGCAGAAUCUUCCACUGGUACAUGGACAACUGUGUGGACCGAUGGACUUACGAGCCUCGAUCGUUAUAAAGGACGCUGCUACGAGAUCGAGCCUGUUCCUGGAGAAGAUAAUCAAUUUAUUGCUUAUGUAGCUUAUCCCUUAGACCUUUUUGAAGAAGGUUCUGUUACUAACAUGUUUACCUCCAUUGUAGGUAAUGUAUUUGGGUUCAAGGCCUUGCGUGCUCUACGUCUGGAAGAUUUGCGAAUCCCUUAUGCUUAUGUUAAAACUUUCCAAGGUCCUCCUCACGGAAUCCAAGUUGAGAGAGAUAAAUUGAACAAGUAUGGACGUCCCCUAUUGGGAUGUACUAUUAAACCAAAAUUGGGUUUAUCCGCUAAGAAUUAUGGUAGAGCAGUUUAUGAAUGUCUCCGCGGGGGACUUGAUUUUACCAAAGAUGAUGAAAAUGUGAACUCCCAACCAUUUAUGCGUUGGAGAGACCGUUUCUUAUUUUGUGCCGAAGCAAUUUAUAAAUCACAGGCCGAAACAGGUGAAAUCAAAGGACAUUAUUUGAAUGCUACUGCGGGUACAUGUGAAGAAAUGCUAAAAAGAGCUGUAUUUGCUAGAGAAUUGGGCGUUCCUAUCGUAAUGCAUGACUACUUAACAGGUGGAUUCACUGCAAAUACUACCCUGUCUCACUAUUGCCGGGAUAAUGGUCUACUUCUUCAUAUCCACCGUGCAAUGCAUGCAGUUAUCGAUAGACAAAAAAAUCAUGGUAUGCACUUUCGUGUAUUAGCUAAAGCCUUACGUUUGUCUGGUGGAGAUCAUAUUCACGCUGGUACUGUAGUAGGUAAACUUGAAGGAGAAAGGGAGAUUACUUUAGGUUUUGUUGAUUUACUACGUGAUGAUUAUAUUAAAAAAGAUAGAAGUCGCGGUAUUUAUUUCACUCAGGAUUGGGUUUCUUUACCAGGUGUUAUCCCUGUUGCUUCAGGGGGUAUUCACGUUUGGCAUAUGCCUGCUCUGACCGAGAUAUUUGGAGAUGAUUCUGUACUCCAAUUCGGUGGAGGAACUUUAGGACACCCUUGGGGAAAUGCACCUGGUGCCGUAGCGAAUCGAGUAGCUCUGGAAGCAUGUGUACAAGCUCGGAAUGAGGGACGUGAUCUUGCUCGCGAGGGUAAUGCAAUUAUCCGUGAAGCUUGCAAAUGGAGUCCUGAAUUAGCUGCUGCUUGUGAAGUCUGGAAGGAAAUCAAAUUUGAAUUCCCAGCAAUGGAUACUUUGUAAUCCAGUAAUAAUCAUUCGUUCUAUUAAUUUCCAUUAAACUCGGCCCAAUCUUUUACUAA